CUGAGGGGGCAAGGUAAGACAUCCUGGGAAAAGUGUUCCCGCUGGAUUUCAGUGGUCUGGGGGAGUUCAGCCUUUCCCAAUCGAACUCCUGAUCUUGGACCACGUGAGAGAAGUCCAGGGGAUUGGGGAAACCGCAGGCAGACCAGGAGAGCCAAUAUAUUGGGCAAAGGCCAGCCUUCUGCCUGGAAGAGAAGGAAAAGACAUCUACCCCUCUGGGAUCCUUGUUCCUUCCCAGCUCAGUCUGCAGAAGAUCAAGGCCUGACCAAGCAGGGAGACUGGAGCCAGAGGGAAUGGCCCCUGGGAGCUGCAGACCCCCAGCCCAGGAGUUGGUGACAUUCCAGGAUGUGGCUGUGGACUUCACUGAGGAGGAGUGGGGCCUCCUGGACCAUUCUCAGAAAGAGCUGUACAAGGAGGUCAUGCUGGAGAAUGCCCAGAACCUGCUGUCUCUGGGGCUUCCAGUUACCAGAGAAGAUCUGAUCUCCUUCUUUCAGAAAGGGGAAGCACCAUGGAUUCUGGAACCAAAAGGCCCAUGGAACUUUUGUCCAGAUGCAGUGACCAGGUCUGAAGUGAAGGUGACUUCUAGAAACCCAAGUAUUUCUGUGGAAGAAUCUGGCCGGCUACGAUGCAUGAGUGAUGGUUCUUUUGACUUUAAUUUGAAAGACAGCUGUGCCGCUGGUAUCGGGGCUAAUAAAAAUCCAAAGAAUCCUUGUGAAUUCAAUGAAGUUGGAAAGGGCUUCUUCACACAGUAUUCAGUCCAGAAUCACUGCAAGAAAAUGACCCCAAGGAACGAAUGUUUUCAGUACAGUAGAUAUGGGGAAUGCUCUCCUGAACAGGGAGAGCUCGUUCAGUCCCAUGAGAAGCCUCCUAAAAUACAAAGACAUCAAAGUCAUCAACAAAAACUGGCUUUCAGCUUGAGUUCAGACCUCACUGGGCAUCAGAAAAGUUAUACUGACAGAAAGCUUUAUAUAUGUAAUGAAGGAAGAAAGGCCUUCAGCUGGAAAUCUAAGAUCAUUAACCACCACAAAAUUCACACUGGAAGAAAACCUCAUGAAUGGAAUCCAAGUGGAACAAGCUUAACCCAUCAAUCUUCUCUUCCUUACCAUCCUAGAUUUCAUACUAGAAGGAAAACACAUGCAUACAAUCAACGUGGGAGGGCCUUUCAUUUGAACUCAGAUCCUGUUAGACAUCAGAAGAUUCAUACUGGAGAGAAGCCUUAUAAAUGUAACGAAUGUGAGAAGGCCUUUUGCUACAGAUCACAGCUUAUUGGCCAUGAGAGAAUGCAUACUGGAGAGAAACCUUACGAAUGUAAUGAAUGUGGGAAGGCCUUCUGCUACAAAUCAGUCCUUAUUGGCCAUCAGAGAAUUCACAGUGGAGAGAAACCUUAUGAAUGUAAUCAGUGUGGAAAGGCUUUUACACAGAAGUCCUAUCUUGAUGCACAUCAGAGAACCCACACUGGAGAGAAACCUCAUGAAUGUAAUGAAUGUGGGAAGGCCUUCUUCUACAAAUCAGUCCUUAUUGGCCAUCAGAGAAUUCACAGUGGAGAGAAACCUUAUGAAUGUGGUCAAUGUGGAAAGACCUUCCGAAGGAACUCCCAUCUUGCUGCCCAUCAGAGAACCCACACUGGAGAGAAACCUUAUGAAUGUAAUCAGUGUGGAAAGGCUUUUACACAGAAGUCCAUUCUUGAUACACAUCAGAGAACCCACACUGGAGAGAAACCUUAUGAAUGUGGUCAAUGUGGAAAGACUUUCCGAAGGAACUCCCAUCUUGUUGCCCAUCAGAGAACCCAUACUGGAGAGAAACCUUAUGAAUGUAAUCAGUGUGGAAAGGCUUUUACAAAGAAGUCCAUUCUUGAUACACAUCAGAGAACCCACACUGGAGAGAAACCUUAUGAAUGUAAUCAGUGUGGAAAGGCUUUUACAAAGAAGUCCGUUCUUGAUACACAUCAUAGAACCCACACUGGAGAGAAACCAUAUCAAUGUAAUCAGUGUGGAAAAGCUUUCACUACUUCCUUCUAUCUUUCUGUACAUCACAGAAUCCACACAAAAGAGAUUCCUUAUGAGUGUAAUCAAUGUGGAAAGGUUUUCCAGUGGAACUCCAAUCUUUCUGCCCAUCAGAGAAUCCACACUGGAGAGAAACCUUAGGUAUGUAUUAAGUGUGGAAAAGCUUUCACUUAUUGCUCCAGUCUUUCUGUAUAUCAGAGAAUCCACACAAAAGAGAAUCUUUAUGGAUGUAAUCAGUAUGAAAAUGCUUCCCCAUAGAGGAUUCUGGGACAAUGGCAAAGUAGGUCAGAAACUUCCAGGCUCUGGAGAUCCCCCCCCCCACAAAACAGAUGAAAUAGUGCCUCAGGGUGAAUAUUGAGCAGUAAAAAUAAAUAAGAGUAG